UCGGAAAGUUCUGCGGGACCUGGGAAGAGUUUUAGCCAUCAGCCUGCUGGCUUUGGCUGGCAUCACACUGCCCUCAGCCUUCUCAGCUAUCUACUUCCUGCUUUUUAUUGGUGUGUGCACUUGGUGGGCGUACCACCUUCCCAUCAGUCACCUGGGCUUCAAUGCGCUGUGUGUGAUGGUGGGCUUCUUCACUGCUGGUCACAUGGUUUGUCUGUAUUUGUACCAGAGUCUGCUUGCCCAGGCCCUGUUCCCCCCACACAGUCUGUGGGCCAGACUUUUUGGACUGAAGGACAUCAUCAUACCAGGAAAUUGCUCCUCACCCUAUGACCUAAAUCUCAAUGACAGUCACGAUUGGCCAAUUUAUGUCAACCCAGGAAUACUGUUCCUCCUCUAUAUAACCAUAGCAACGGUUCUCAAGACAGGAUGUCAUGGAACUCCUAACCAGGUUGAGGAGGAAAAGCAGCAAGAGAAAAGGGAGGAGUUAGAGGAGGAGAUGGUGGAGUUAAGAUCAUGGAAUCAACAGAAAGAUAACUGUGAAGAUGACACACAGCUCAUGCUCCUGUCAGUUGGAACAGGAAGCAGCAGAGGAGGAACUGUGGCUGAAGAGAGUCAGCCAGACCUGGGUGUUAGUGGUGUGGCCAGUGGCCAACAGAGUGAAAGUCCGUUUUAUCUGCUGGGAAAGGUGGUCAUGCAGCAGAGCUAUGUCUGUGCACUCAUAGCCAUGAUGGUUUGGAGCAUCACAUACCACAGCUGGCUGACCUUUGUGUUGCUGCUGUGGGCCUGUCUCAUCUGGAUCCUGCGUGCCAGACGGCAUGCAGCUACACUGUGCUCUCCAUUCAUCCUGCUCUAUGGCCUGGCUUUGUGCUGUCUGCAGUAUGUCUGGGCCAUGGAUCUUCAGCCUGAGCUACCCACCACUGUGGGAACCAUGAGCCUCAGACAACUGGGACUGGACAGGGCCAAGUACCCCUGUUUAAGACUUGGAGCUUUGGUAAGAUAAGAGCAUA